AUGGAGGAGCAGGACUUGUCUCGGACAGAAUUCGACUCGUGUGACCAGUACUCCAUGGCUGCUGAGAAAGACUCGGGGCGCUCCGACGUGUCUGACAUCGGCUCCGAUAACGUUUCGCUGGCUGACGAGGAGCAGCAGACCCCUCGCGACUGUCUGGGUCACCGCUCCCUGCGCACCGCCGCCCUGUCGCUCAAACUGCUGCGCAACCAGGAGGCCGACCAGCAGAGUGCGAGGCUGUUCUUCCAGUCACUCACGGUGCUGCUGCCCCGGCUGCUGGGAUUAGCCACCGCCACUGAUGUGGACCAGUCGCUGCAGAACUUCUCCUCCACCUUCUGCUCAGGCCUACAGGCUGGCGGCAUCCACUCUCCGGGGUUCGAGGCAGGUGACACUCUGAGCUGUCAGUCUCUGAUGAACGCAGAUGGACUCUACUUGGUGUCGUACUACGCUCUGCUGCUCAAUCUCAAACUUUGCUGCUGCGACUACUACAGACGACGAACGCUCACACCCGUCCUCAGCCUGAAGGAGUUUGUGCGUCUGAUCCAAAGCAGCGGAGUCCUCGUGGUUCUGUCUCAGGCCUGGAUCGAGGAGCUCUACCACCAAGUGUUGGAGCGCAACCUGCUGGCCGAGGCGGGGUACUGGGGCUCACCGGAGGAGCACACACUGCCACUGAUCACCAUGCUAACAGAUAUCGACGGUCUGGGCAGCAGCGCGAUCGGAGGUCAGCUGAUAAGGAGGGCGUCCAGCCGCUCACCACUCAGCUGUGACAAAGCUGGCAGUGACACUGGGAUGGCAGGAGCAGUUUUCUCUCGUUUCAUCCUCACUGGCGUGUGGAAGAACCUGAUCGAUGUGUUGUCCACUCCCCUGACGGGCCGCAUGGCGGGCAGCUCGAAGGGCCUGGCCUUCAUCCUGGGAGCGGAGGGGGUCAAAGAGCAGAGUCAGAGGGAGAGAGACACCAUCUGUCUGAGUUUAGACGGUCUACGGAAAGCCGCCGCGCUCAGCUGCAGUUUGGGUGUGGCUGCAAACUGUGCAUCGGCUUUAGCCCAGAUGGCCGCCGCCUCCUGUGUGCAGGAGGAGAAGGAGGAGAAGGAAGUGGGCGAGACCGGAGACGCCAUCACACAAGUAAAACAGCGUGUUGAGCAGCGUCUGGAGCAGAUUGGUCGUCCUCACGGAGUUCGCCUGCACACCGCCCAUGUGUUGUGUAUGGACGCCAUCCUGAAUGUUGGACUUGAAAUGGGAAGCCACAACCACGACUGCUGGCCACAUGUCUUCAGGGUAACGGAGUACAUCAGCUCACUGGAGCACACACACUUCAGUGACGGCUCCACACAGUCGUCCUCUCUGACCACCAUCACUCAGCAGAGCCAGCAUGCAGCGGGCAUAGAUCUGGGACUGGAGCUGAGCUGUGAGCCCAGCCCGGAGGCCUCCGAGCUGGGUCUGAGCCAGCCGGUCAUCCAGCCUCUGUCCAUCAAGGAGCUGCUGAGGGAGAGCAGCAGAGGAGGCCGAGGUCUGGACCUGAAGACCGGCAGCCUGAUGACCGGGACCAGUGCUGCCAAGGCUGUGUGCACGUUGUCAACACAGGCCGACAGGUUGUUUGAAGAAGCAGCUACCAAGCUGAACCUGGUGGGUCUGGUCGGCUUCCUGCAGCAGCUCAGGAGAGCUUCUCAGUGUCAGCUGUUCGACUCUGUCACUGAGACCGGAGACUACUCGCUGGCAAUGCCAGGGGAGGCCAAGUCGACGCUGGACCGCCGCAGUGCUCUCCAUCUCUUCCGCCUGGGAGAGGCCAUGCUGCGGAUCGUCAGGAACAAGAACCGACCUCUGCUGCACAUGAUGAGGGCCUGGAGCGUGGUGGCUCCUCAUCUGGUGGAGGCGGCAUGUCACAAAGAGCGCCAUGUUUCCCAGAAGGCCGUUUCCUUCAUCCACGAUGUUCUGACAGAGGUGCUGACGAGCUGGGCGGAGCUCUCUCACUUCCACUUUAACGAAGCGCUGUUCAGGCCCUUUGAGCACAUCAUGCAGCUGGAGCUCUGUGAUGAAGAUGUGCAGGAUCAGGUAAUAACGUCGAUAGGCGAGCUGGUGGAGAUGUGUUCCCCUCAGAUCCUGUCAGGAUGGAGGCCUCUGUUCAGCGCUCUGAGGACCGUCCACAGCAGCAAGACCGACACCAAAGAAUACCUACUGGGGGAUUACUCUAUGGGGAAGUCCCAGGCUCCAGUGUUCGACGUCUUUGAGGCUUUCAUCAACACUGACAACAUCCAGGUUUUUGCCAACGCUGCCACUGACUACAUCAUGUGUCUCAUGAAGUUCGUCAAGGGUUUAGGAGAGGUGGACUAUAAGGAGAUUGGAGACUGUAUCCACGUGUCGGGUUACAGCUCCACUGACCUCUGCUUACCCGCUCUCGACUAUCUUCGAAAAUGUUCCCAGCUGCUUGCGAAGAUUUACAAGAUGCCAUCCAAGCCGGUGUUCUUGGGGGCGCGGCUUGCCAGCCUGCCAAUGAGAUGCCAGGAACGCUCCAUCAGUACUGAGGACGGGAUGGACUGUGUCCUGCAGGAGUUUGACGAUGACACAGGUCUGAUCCAGGUGUGGAUUUUGUUGUUGGAGCAGCUUACAGCAGCCGUGUCGAACUGUCCACGCCAACAUCAACCUCCAACUCUGGAGCUGCUCUUCACUCUGCUCAGAGAGGUCACAACUGUACCAGGUCCCGGGUUCGGCAUCUUCUCGGUCAUUCAGCUGCUGCUUCCUGUGAUGGCACUGUGGCUGCAGCGUAGCCAUGGCGACCACUCCUACUGGGAUGUGGCGGCUGCAAACUUCAAACACGCCAUUGGCCUGUGCUGCGAGCUGGUGGUGGAGCACAUCAACAGUUUCAUCCACUCAGAUAUUGGUUACGAGUCUUUGAUCAACCUGAUGCUGAAGGAUCUGUUUAAGCUGCUGGUGGCGUGUGUGUCCGAACCCGCAGAGACCAUCUCCAGAGUGGGCUGCUCCUGCAUCAGGUAUGUCUUAGUCACCGUGGGGCCGGUGUUCACAGAGGAGAUGUGGAGGUUAGCCUGCUGUGCUCUGCAGGACGCUUUCUCUGCUACGUUAGAGCCUGUCAAGAACCUUCUAGCGUGCUUUCAUAGUGGGUCAGACAGUUUCUCUGGAGAUGCCUGUGAGGUUAAGGUAGCAGCUCCUACCCACUCUCCUUCUGCUGAGGCUGAGUACUGGAGGAUCAAGGCGAUGGCUCAACAGGUCUUUAUGUUGGACACGCAGUGCUCCCCAAAGACUCCCAACAACAAGGAAGGCUUCGAGCAUGCUCAGUCCUGCGUUCUCAUUAUCGAGCUGCCUCCUGACGCACAGUCCAACGGACACACUCAGAAAAGGAAAAUUGGCAUCCCAUUCAGGACCAUUGUGGUGAGCCUGCUGUCCCACCAGGUCCUGCUCCAGAACCUCUACGACAUCCUGCUGGAGGAGUUUGUCAAGCAACCUGAAGGUCAAGAAAAGGUCACUCCCGUGACCUCCGACCCCAGCAGAGCCUCAGCGGGGUUCCUACGCUACAUCUCCAUGACUAAUUUAGCCAUAAUCCUGGAUCUGCUGCUCGACUCUUACAGGACAGCUCGGGAUUUUGACACUCGGCCGGGUCUGAAGUACCUGCUGAUGAAGGUGUCGGGUGUUUGUGGAGCGGCGAACCUUUACCGUCAGUCUGCCAUGAGCUUUAACCUUUACUUCCAGGCAUUACUGUGCGCCACGCUGAGCCAAGCUGACGGCAUGACCGCUCAGCAGGUGAAGAGGAUCCUGUAUGAGGAAGAAGAGGGGAGUUCUGACUCCUCUCAUCCUGGCUCUGCCUCCUCAGAGGAUGAAGACAUCUUUGAAGAAACAGCACAGGUCAGCCCCCCUCGUGGCCGUGAUAAACGUCAUCACUGGCGAGCUCCCAUUCCGUCUCUCAGCGUGCAGCCUCUGGGAAGCGCAGACUGGGCCUGGCUGGUCAAACGCCUCUACAAGCUGUGCAUGGAUCUGUGCAACAGCUACAUCCAAAUGCACCGGGACCUGGAGAGCACACUGGAGGAGACGGCGCUGCUGAGAGGAGGAGUCGGGGGAGGAGGCGAUCACGUCUUCUUCCUGCCUCUCUUUCAGUCCGAGACUUCAACCCCAACAUCGGUGAGCGGGCUUUCAGCAAGGGGGACGCCGUCAGAGGAAGGCGGGUACAGAUGUCAGACAGCAGACAUGAGUUCGGCAUCACCAGGAGACACGCCCACACCCAGCCCCGGAUUCAGUUGCACAGGCAGUCUGCCCCACCACUUCAGGAGUGGAGGUGAGAGGAGAGAUUCAGGCAUCACAGGAUGCUCUGUAGGAGGAGCUCUUGGCUGCUCUGGACCGAGCAGGAGAAAGGAAUGGUGGGAAAAUGCGGGGAACAAACUGUACACCAUCGCCACAGACAAAACUAUAAGCAAGCUGAUGAUGGAGUACAAGCGCAGGAAGCAGCAGCAGCCGCAGCAGCAGCCGCAGCAGAGUCACGUUAACCUGUUCAUGAAGGAGCAAGGCCGAGCUGCCGCCGUAGGAGGAGGGGUCGGGGAGAGGAGGGGCCCCAUGGAGCCGCAUAGGCCCCCACAGAGGCCUCAGCAUCUGGUAGACCAGCAGUGUCCCCCUUUGAGGCACUCGGUUAGCGCAGGACCUGAAGUCCUGAGGCAGGAGAAGAGACCCAGAUCAGGAUCCACAAUCAGCUCCCACAGCAUCUCGCUGAGAGACUCCGAGGCUCAGAUACAGGCGUGGACCAACAUGGUCUUGACCCUCCUGAAUCAAGUCCUCCUCCUGUCAGACGUCUCUUUCAUGGCGCUCCAACCGGCGCUGUACCCCUGCCUCAGCCAGCUCACCUGCCACGUGACCGAUGCCCGAGUCCGCCAGGCGCUGCGUGAGUGGCUGGGCCGUGUUGGCAGACUCUAUGACAUCAUUCUGUGACGUUGCAGCAAACAAAUGGAGUUGUUUGGAGUGCAGUCAGUUUUUGGGUGAAGGAUGAAAAACAGAUGAAAAGGAUGAUGUCACUGGUUACAGGCCGCUAUGCAGUAGACCGAUUUAGUGUUUGAUCGCUGGAGUUUAACGGACCUGGGGCACAUUGAGGAGUUUUCAAAAGGGAUGACUUUGACGACCAUCAUGUGACAGCAGGUUUACGGAUUUGAUUGGCAGAUGAGCGUAAAUGUGCCAUUUCUGAAUGUGUUUCUUCAGUUGAAGUUGUUCAUGUCCCAACAACACACAACCAAAGACUGAACACACACACACACACACACACACACACACACACACACACACACACACACACACACACACACACACACACACACACACACACACACACACACAGAAUAGGCUUUUCUCGUUUCUCCUUAUGCUGCCUCCUUGUCUCCUCUCUCUUCAGUUAUCCUUGUAACUGAUUAAGCCUCAUCUCAAAGGAUGACCUGAUUCCUAAGUUGUAUCAAGACGCUCGCUUCAGUAGCUGUGAGCAGAGAUGCACAGGUGUGUCCUUAGGGAAAGUCUUUACAGUGGCAUCAUGGGUAAAAGCGUAUACAAAUAAUCUGCAUACUCAUAAUAAUAAGUUGAUACUUUUGUGCUGUCCUUACAUAGAUGAUAAAAUACAUCAGAACAAACAACAGGCUGAAACAACACAUGGGGCCAAAGAUAUAGCUGUGCCGUAAAGCAUACUUCAUUACCACCGCCUUAAGAUGACAAUCUGACGCACUGAUGUCCUCGUUUAUUCUAAUGCAGUUUGCCUCCCCUCCUCACUCCUUAUAUAUCUUCUACACAUUAGGAGAGGAGGGGAGGAAAGGAAACGAGGAUGUAAAAACUGAGAAAUGAGAAGAGGUUGUUGUUUCAAAGCUUUUGUACAUGAUUUGCUUCUUCCCCCUUGAAAAACUGCUACAGACUGUCAGCCUGAAUGUGCACAUGUUUACGCGUAGAAAGAAGCGACAAACAAAACAGAAACGUGCUCUUUAAAAACAUUUCUCCGUACGAUUGCAAGUUGCUCAAUGUAACACCUUCAAGGAAGAUUAGAUUCAUUUAUUUAUUAGAUCUUAUAUUUUCAUGCACAUUUCUUUUGUUAUAAUUAGGAUGCUGAAUUACAUUACGACUGCACAUCCUGCUCACAUCCUUUACAACAAAUCCAAAGAGGAAAGAAAACAUAUCCUGCCCCACAAUCUUUGACCGACAGUCGAUUUCUAAGAAAUGUGACGCAAGGACACGGCAGUGACAGAUCAUAGUUAAAAAAAAAAAAAAAAAAAAAAUCAAGCUUAAACCAGGUCACAGUGUUCUCUGUGCAAAUUAACUGCUGUUAUAUUUAUUUAGUGUAUUUCUUUGUCUUCAGACAGUGAAGCUAAGUUGCACCAAGUGGAAGUUGCUUUGCAAUUUAAUUUUCAGAAUUUUUUUUUUUGUUGCUGUUUGUUGAGUCUAUGUUGGUAAUAUGCAUUAUCAACAUGCUGCUUGAAAUACAGUGCAGUCUCAGACACAUAUUCACCUUUAACUGAAUGUCUUUGUUUAUUGUCUGACCUCUGAACAGAGGGUUAUAGUAUUUAUUUAAGCCGAAUGUGACAUACAUUAUUUGCAUUUAAAAUGUAUUUAAUUUGUUAUGUGUGUAAAUAUAUUGAAUUUAUUUAUUAAGAGUUCAUUUCAGAGUUGCUUUCCAUAUUUGAUCACUUGAUGCAUUAUGUGCUUAAACUCUCUGAUAUUAUUCCAUGUUUUU